AUGUCGCAAUUCUUCAACUACGGUGCCCAGCAGCACCACCCCCAGCACCUCAACGCCCACACCCACAACCACCACGGCGGCCGAUCGCGGAGGGCGCCCCGGAUCUCGGCCCAGCAGCACAACAAGCAGUUCCGCCAAGUCCGCACCCCCAAGGAGUUCAACGUCGAGCCCCCCACCCUCAUCGCAUACAAGCGCGACUUCGAGGCCGCCCGCUCAUUCGACAUCGAGGACGACGAGAUGUUCUGCCCCUUCCACCUGCUCACUGAGGAUGAUUUGCAAUCCAUCCACUCGUCCGGCUCAGACCGCUCGUCGCUAUCGAGCGGCUCGCCUGAACAGUCGCCGCUUCAGCACCAGCUGCAGCCUACCCCCUCGUUUGUCCUGUCCUCGGCUCCCAACCCGUACACCCCCGUCGGAUUCCAACAGAACAACUCGCAAACCAAGCUGCACCAGCCGCUAGCCCAGCGCACACGCAAUGCCAUCCCCAUCGUCGACCCCUCGACACGCGCUGUUGCUAGCCCACCUCCCUCUGUCUCUCCCAACCGACAGAUGCAGCAACAGUUCAUGUCGCGACGCUGGUAA